ACUAGCGUACAGCCCAUAUCCUCCCAUCUGACUGUAACAGUGCUAAAGCCCAUGUUCGCAGGAGAACUGCCAAUGACUGCUUUGACCAAGGAAGGAGCGAACUGUCUCACUGAUUCAGGAUACAGUUCAGUACUAUGAUGACUCCUUUUGCACCUGAGAGCCAUUUGUUUAAGCCUAUGCUGUAAUGGGAUUUAGAGCCACUUGACAAGUGACGGGCAAGAGGCUGGUAUUUCCUUCAACAAUGUGCAGACAGGAGGAGCCCAUGAAAUUUGUAACCUGCAUUUGGAUGACAUCCUGUAACAAAAUGAUUGGAGUGGUGCUGGUCUUUUUCCCUGCUAUCUUCCUGGAGAUGGAUAUUCUCCCCAAAAACACUGGCAGGAAGAUGCUGCUGUCAGAAGCUUCCUCGCAGCGAUCAGUAGCCAGAAUGGAUGGAGAUGUCAUUAUAGGUGCCCUCUUUUCAGUCCAUCACCAACCGCCGGCCGAGAAAGUGCCAGAGAGGAAGUGUGGGGAGAUCAGAGAGCAAUAUGGCAUCCAGAGAGUUGAAGCAAUGUUUCACACUUUGGAUAAAAUUAACUCAGACCCAGUACUGCUGCCCAACAUCACGCUGGGCAGUGAAAUCAGAGAUUCCUGCUGGCACUCUUCAGUAGCACUCGAGCAGAGCAUUGAGUUUAUAAGAGACUCCCUGAUCUCCAUAAGAGAUGAGAAAGAUGGGACCAGUCGAUGUGUGCCUGAUUCUCUACCCCAACAUCAGAGCAGGACCAAAAAACCCAUUGCUGGGGUGAUUGGUCCAGGCUCCAGCUCGGUUGCUAUCCAAGUUCAAAACCUGCUCCAGCUCUUUGAUAUCCCUCAGAUUGCUUAUUCUGCAACAAGCAUUGACUUAAGUGACAAAACUUUAUACAAAUACUUCUUGAGGGUGGUCCCUUCUGACACCCUGCAAGCCCGGGCCAUGCUUGACAUAGUCAAACGCUACAACUGGACCUAUGUAUCCGCAGUCCAUACAGAAGGAAAUUAUGGAGAAAGUGGAAUGGAAGCCUUCAAAGAGCUGGCUGCCCAAGAAGGCCUGUGCAUCGCUCACUCAGACAAGAUCUACAGCAAUGCUGGGGAAAAGAGCUUUGAUCGGUUGCUGCGGAAGCUCCGUGAAAGGUUACCCAAGGCCAGGGUUGUGGUUUGUUUCUGUGAGGGAAUGACAGUGAGGGGGAUCCUCAUAGCCAUGAGACGCCUUGGAGUGCUUGGGGAGUUUCUGCUAAUUGGAAGUGAUGGCUGGGCAGACAGAGAUGAAGUAAUUGAAGGUUAUGAACCUGAAGCAAAUGGAGGUAUCACUAUCAAACUGCAGUCCCCAGAGGUCUUGUCAUUUGAUGACUAUUUUUUGAAGUUACGUUUGGACACCAACACCCGAAAUCCCUGGUUUCCCGAAUUCUGGCAGCACAGAUUCCAGUGUCGUCUUCCAGGACACCCUCUCGAGAACCCCAACUUUCAAAAGAACUGCACCGGCAAUGAGAGUUUAGAAGAAAACUAUGUCCAGGACAGUAAAAUGGGAUUUGUCAUCAAUGCUAUCUAUGCUAUGGCACAUGGCCUGCAAAAUAUGCAUCAUUCCCUUUGCCCAGGACAUGUUGGGCUGUGUGAUGCCAUGACGCCCAUCGAUGGUAGCAAACUCUUGGAAUUCCUCAUAAAGUCUUCGUUCAUUGGCGUUUCAGGAGAGGAAAUUUGGUUUGAUGAGAAGGGAGAUGCCCCUGGAAGGUAUGACAUCAUGAAUCUGCAGUACGUAGAGCCCAACAGUUAUGACUAUGUACUCAUUGGAACCUGGCAUGAAGGGGUGUUGAAUAUUGAUGAUUUCAGGAUUCAGAUGAACAAAAGUGGAAUGGUCCGGUCAGUGUGCAGUGAACCUUGUUUGAAGGGUCAAAUUAAGGUUAUAAGGAAAGGGGAAGUGAGCUGCUGCUGGAUUUGCACCCCUUGCAAGGAAAAUGAAUUUGUGCAGGACGAGUUCACAUGCAAAGCCUGUGACUUGGGCUGGUGGCCUAAUGCUGACCUGACAGGCUGUGAACCCAUCACUGUAAAGUAUCUCCAGUGGAGCAAUAUAGAGUCUAUUGUGGCUGUGGUCUUCUCCUGCCUGGGGAUUCUGGUCACCAUGUUUGUCACCCUUAUCUUUGUGCUCUACAGGGACACCCCUGUUGUCAAAUCCUCCAGCCGGGAGCUCUGCUACAUUAUACUUGCUGGCAUCUUUCUGGGUUAUAUCUGCCCUUUCACCCUUAUAGCUAAGCCCACCGUCACUUCCUGCUACCUCCAGCGCCUUCUGGUGGGACUAUCCUCUGCUAUGUGCUACUCUGCCCUUGUGACCAAAACCAACCGCAUUGCACGCAUCCUGGCAGGGAGCAAGAAGAAGAUUUGCACCCGCAAGCCACACUUCAUGAGUGCUUGGGCACAGGUGGUCAUCGCCUCCAUUUUGAUCAGUGUGCAGCUGACACUGGUGGUCACACUGAUCAUCAUGGAGCCCCCUAUGCCUAUUCUCUCCUACCCCAGCAUCAAGGAAGUAUUCCUGAUCUGCAACACCAGCAACCUGGGUGUGGUGGCCCCAGUGGGCUACAAUGGACUCCUUAUUAUGAGCUGCACUUAUUAUGCCUUCAAGACUCGCAAUGUGCCGGCCAAUUUUAACGAGGCCAAGUACAUUGCCUUCACCAUGUACACCACCUGUAUCAUCUGGCUGGCUUUUGUGCCUAUUUAUUUCGGGAGCAACUACAAGAUCAUCACCACCUGCUUUGCAGUGAGCCUCAGUGUAACAGUGGCCCUGGGGUGCAUGUUCACUCCCAAGAUGUACAUCAUCAUCGCCAAGCCUGAGAGGAAUGUCCGCAGUGCCUUCACUACCUCGGAUGUGGUGCGUAUGCACGUUGGGGAUGGCAAGGCUCCUUGUAGGUCCAACACAUUCCUCAGCAUAUUCCGAAGAAAGAAGCCAGGUGCUGGAAAUCCAAAUUCUAAUGGAAAGUCUGUGUCAUGGUCUGAACCAGGUGGAAGACAUGUUCCCAAGGGACAACACAUGUGGCACAGACUCUCAAUGCAUGUAAUGAGCAAGGAGACGGGAUGCAAUCAGACAGCAGUAAUCAAGCCCCUCACCAAAAGUUACCAUGGCCAAGGCAAGAGCCUGACUUUUUCAGACAUCAGCAGUAAGACUCUCUACAAUGUGGUGGAGGAAGAAGAGAGCGAGCCAGUGUGCUUCAGCCAGCCCAGCAGCCCUUCCAUGGUGGUGCACAGGCGAGUGACAGCAACACCCUCACUUCAGGCAAUGGCAGAAGAGACCAACCUGUUCUUACCUGAACAGCCUCCCAAGAGUCUGGUGCUGCAGCAGAGAUCUAUUGUGGAGCAGCUGCAAGGCGUGGUCAACAAGUUUGCCACCGGCAUUCCUGACUUCAACUCUGUGAUCCCCAUGCCCAGUGCAGGGAAUGGAGUGAGGGUCCUCUACCAGCCUCCACUGCAGCAACAGCAGGUGCUUCCUCUCCAGAUGGCCAUUUUUAGUGAAGAGUCGGUCUCGCCGCCGGCCGACGAGGUGGAAAGCGAGAAGUUUAAGCUCAUUCAAGGAUAUGUGUACGAGAGGCCGGAGACCACGGAGGAGGAGGAAGAGGAGGAGGAGGAAGAGGAGCAGGUGACUAGCAAACUGACUCUGGAAGACUCACCAGCACUGACGCCUCCAUCUCCUUUCAGAGAUUCGGUGGCUUCUGGCAGCUCGGUGCCCAGCUCCCCAGUGUCGGAGUCAGUGCUCUGCACCCCGCCAAAUGUGACCUACGCUUCAGUCAUCCUGAGGGAUUAUAAACAAAGCUCCUCCACCCUGUAGAAUGAGGAUUACAUCAAGGUGUGAACAAGGAGGAUUUUGGCUGCUUUCAACUAGAAAUUCUAGGGGGGAGGUGGAAAGAACCAAGACGUGUGGGUGGGGAAGCAUGAGAAAGCAGAAUGUGACGUUAUAUGUGAUGGGACAAAAACUGUAUCCUGCACUAAAAAUGAUCUAUUUGAGGGCUUAAAUUAUUUAGCUGUUAAAAAAAUUAAUAAAAGAGUUGUAUUUUGAGAAGACAAUAGGAAAUUCCGACAAAGCACAAACCCAAUAAACAACUUCUAUAGCAAAAAAAUGAGUAAACAUAAAAAUCACUCACACUCACACACUCUCUUGGUAAUGCUUGGAAAUGACUCUGGAUAAAUGCAACCAUGGAUAAGUCAUUAACACAUCUCAUGGCUGUAAUUCUUCAUCUGGUGAAGAAGCAGCAGACGCAAGAGCUGGAGGGGGCAGGGUGUGGCAGGAACGAGGGAAGAGAUCUCUAUCUGAGAGUUUAUAUUUCUUCUGGUUUAGUAGGUGAAAUGAAGUGCAAAUGCAAGUCACUGUAGCGUGUCUGUUGAGGAAAAGCAAAGAUAACAUGCUGACAUAUGAUUUUAAAAGAGUUUUGUCAGAACAAUCAGUUGCUUACAUUAGAUUUUUUUUAACUUGUGCUGAUUUUGAAAAGGGGCCAGGAUAAUCACAACAUUUUUUGUGAAGAUUCAGGCGGUCUGGUUAAAAGAGCCUUUGUUGUAGUACUUGUAAUGUUUUGAGUACUAAGAAGAACUGCCCUUUUGUAUAAGAUUGCAAGCCAUGUGGCUAAACUGUUACAUUACAUUUACGGUAGCAAAAUAUUUACCAACUAACCAUUCAUAAUAUAAUAUAUUUGCCAUGUGAUUACAUUGUUUAUUGUGUUACUAUAGGAACAGACACAUCAAAAAUAACUGUAUACUUAUAGCAACAAUUACUACUUCAAACAAAAAGGCAAUUCUUUAUCGUGAGUCAUAAAAUCCAUUGUAGAAACAAGAGAAUGAGUGUAUGGUUGUGUGUGUGUGUAUAGUAUGUGUGAAAUGUAAUGUCUAAUAACUGCCACUGGAAGAUUGUCUUACAAAUAUACAUGGAUAUUUUUAUGUUCCAAUCAUGUUUUAUAGCAUUGUUACAAAUAUACUAUAGAUCUUUGAAGGUUUGUAUGCUGUGCUAACACAUUUUUCAUAUGUAAGCUAAGAUGGUUGUUACCCUUAUAAUAGAUGCUUUAUUUUGCAGAUAUUUUAUUAUGUGGAAAUAUGCUAUUGAUAAUUAGUGCUUUGAGAGCUUGUUACUUUAAAUGUUUGCAACAAGUGUGGUUAACCAAAAUAAAAAGCCUGUUUUAGAAAUCUUGCAUAUGCCAGUAUUAAAACUAUAAAGGCAAGACUGGAAAAAGUAUUUAGAUCAUUUCUAAUUAUUUCAGAUAGUUACAAGUAAAAUCAUAUUGAAUCAAGAACUUUCAUCAGUGCUUAAUAUGUACACAAAGAUCCAGAUCUAUUCAGAGUUGUUCUUUACCUCUCAGCCUCUUCUACUUACACGUCUUAUUCCAAGUGUCUGGUUUUUUUGCCUAUAUGGUUUCCCUUUCUGCUCUUUUCAUUUUUAAUGGUCAUUUCUAUGCUUCUCUGUUUCUGUCCUUUUUCACACCCUCUUCUCUCCACAGUUCAUAUAUUUGCCAGAGAUGGGCCUAAACCAAAACCCUACCCCAGACAUUCUUAAAAUGUUCUGGGGUUCAAAAUCCAGAUCCAACUUUUGUGGCUUGAGUGCAUCAAUUCAAUGAACUGUGGUUUGGUUGGCUGGCUUGAUUUGGUUUGUUCGUCGGCUGGUUUUUGUUUUUUAUGUAUUAGAUAUUGUGUUAUAUAGGCCACUCAUAUGGAGCAAAUCCUCAGCUGCUGUAAAUUGUCAUAGCUUGAUUGACUUCAGCUGAGGAUCUGUUCCAUAAUUUCUACACUUUAUUUUCUCUUGAUAUUUGUGAAGUGUUCUUUUCAUGCCAACAUAAUUACAUAAUUGCUUUUUGUCAUAGGUCUUGUAUGUUUCUGCCAGAAUUAUUCUGAAUUCCUCAUAUUUAUACUUGAUUUUUCCCCUUUUAUUUCAUUUUAAUCUAAAAAUGCCUGUUGCCAGUAAUCAAUUCUUCUAUUAAAGUGUUUAUUUUUUUAUCUAAUUAUAUAGCAGCAGCAUUAAAAUAAUUGGCUGGUACCCAAAUCAGAUCCAUAUUUAAUCCUUGCUCUUUUCUUUUUAUGGUAUUUCUUUCAAUAUGACUUGUUGCCAAUUACUAUUAUCAUCUUGAUGUGAAAAGCAUGAAUUGACUUUGCCCAAAGAAACCACCACAUCUUUGUUGAAAAACUGAGGUCUCUGGGCAAACCUAAAGAUGCCAUUGGGUUUGUUGGUUGGUUUUUGUUGGCUCCGUUUUGUUUUUUGGUUGUUUUUUUUUAAACUGUAGCUAGAUUAAAGAAAUAAGAAAAAAUGCAAUGAUUUCUCUUGAGAAGCAUACUAGCAAAGAAUUCUAUAUUCUCACACCUAUUAUUAGUAUAAGAUGUUUUGUGUUGCUACCGAUAGCAACAGUGCUAGUACUUUGAAGACAUGAGUUAGAUAAGACAAAAUGAUUGAUAGAUAUAUAGAUAUGUAUGCCUAUGGCAAAUUUUAGGUUGUCUGACCUAGCUGAUUUGCACACAUUAAGCACUGACUUUACUACUGUUUAAUCAUAAUAUCAUGAGUAGGAGUUUUCUUGAAAUUCAGUAUAGUAGGUCUAAGUUUGUAAUUGUUAAAACUGUAAACAUACACAUACAUAAAGUGUAUCUAAAGGGCAAGAACUCACCUUCGUGUAUGUGGCUGUACAAAUCAUUAAGCUUCCUGUAAAAGUUAUUUC